GGUCACGUGACCGACAAUUCUACUUCCGCCUUGAGCGCUUUCGCUGACAAAUGGACGCUUCACUACUCUCUGCUCCGCCACUAAAAAGUCUUUAACAACAAACAGGACUGAAAGGCGGACGAUAACAUCCCAAUUUCAUCGGACACCGGCGGCACUCGCGACUACCCGCCGUUAUGGGGGAACUCUUCAGAAGCGAGGAGAUGACGCUGGCUCAGCUCUUCCUGCAGUCGGAAGCGGCCUACUGUUGCGUCAGCGAACUGGGAGAGAUUGGGAUGGUGCAGUUCCGCGACUUAAACCCUGACGUUAACGUCUUCCAGCGCAAGUUCGUCAAUGAGGUGCGGCGAUGUGAGGAAAUGGAUCGCAAACUGAGGUUUGUGGAGAAAGAGAUCAAGAAGGCCAAUAUUCCAAUAGUCGACACCGGAGAGAACCCAGAAGUCCCCUUCCCGAGAGACAUGAUCGACUUGGAGGCCACUUUUGAGAAGCUGGAGAACGAGCUGAAGGAAAUAAACACCAACCAGGAAGCCCUGAAAAAGAACUUCUUGGAGCUGACCGAGCUCAAGCACAUUCUGCGGCGCACUCAGCAGUUUUUCGACGAGAUGGAGGACCCCACGCUCCUGGAGGAGUCAUCUACCCUGCUGGACCCCAACGAGGCAAAUCGAGGGACUCCGCUGCGGCUUGGAUUUGUGGCGGGAGUCAUCGGAAGAGAGCGCAUUCCCACCUUUGAGAGGAUGCUGUGGAGAGUUUGCAGAGGGAACGUGUUCCUGAGGCAGGCUGACAUCGAAGAUACCCUGGAGGACCCUCGUUCGGGCGAUCAGGUCCACAAGUCGGUUUUCAUCAUCUUCUUCCAGGGAGACCAGCUGAAGAACAGAGUGAAGAAGAUCUGUGAAGGCUUCCGAGCAACGUUGUACCCAUGUCCAGAAACCCCCCUGGAGAGAAAAGAGAUGCUGGCGGGGGUUAACGCUCGCAUCGAAGACCUGCAAAUGGUGCUGAACCAGACGGAGGACCACAGACAGAGGGUCCUGCAGGCGGCGGCCAAGGCGGUGCGGGUGUGGUUCAUCAAGGUGAGGAAGAUGAAGGCCAUCUACCACACGCUCAACCUCUGCAACAUCGACGUGACCCAGAAGUGUCUCAUCGCCGAGGUGUGGUGCCCCGUCUCUGACCUGGACUCCAUUCAGUUCGCUCUGCGCAGGGGCACGGAGAAGAGUGGCUCCACAGUGCCUUCCAUCCUGAACAGGAUGCAGAGCAAACAGACCCCACCCACCUACAACAAGACAAACAAGUUCACCUCGGGCUUCCAAAACAUUGUAGACGCCUACGGAAUCGGCAGCUACCGCGAGAUCAACCCAGCACCAUACACCAUCAUUACCUUCCCCUUCCUGUUCGCCGUCAUGUUUGGCGACCUGGGCCACGGCGUGCUCAUGACCUGCGCCGCUCUCUAUCUGGUGUUGCGGGAGAGCCGCCUGAUCGCUCAGAAGAACGACAACGAGAUGUUCAGCAUGGUGUUUGCUGGCCGCUACAUCAUCCUGCUGAUGGGAAUCUUCUCCAUCUACACGGGCAUCAUCUACAACGACUGCUUCUCCAAGUCGCUCAACGUCUUUGGCUCGGGCUGGAGCGUUCGGCCCAUGUUUGACCCCCGUUUGGCAGGCAACUGGACAUUUGAGUUGCUCGAAAGCACCCCAGUUUUGCAGUUGGACCCGGUAGUAGACGGCGUGUUCAGAGGACCAUACCCCAUUGGCAUUGACCCGAUCUGGAAUAUUGCGAAAAACAAGCUGACAUUCCUCAACUCCUUCAAAAUGAAGAUGUCCGUCAUCCUGGGAGUCAUCCACAUGCUCUUUGGAGUCACCCUCAGUCUCUUCAACCACCAGUACUUCGAUAAGCCCUUGAACAUCUACCUGGGGUUCAUCCCUGAGAUCGUCUUUAUGGCCAGCCUCUUCGGCUACCUAGUGCUGCUCGUCUUCUACAAGUGGCUGUCAUACGACGCCCGGACGUCCCGUGACGCUCCGAGUCUUCUCAUCGCCUUCAUCAACAUGUUCCUCUUCAACUACAGCGACCCCACCGUCAAACCUCUCUAUCCUGGACAGCAAGCCCUGCAGUGCCUCCUGGUGAUCAUCGCCUUGGCGUGCGUUCCCUGCAUGUUAAUCGUCAAAACGUUGGUCCUGCGGCGACAGUAUCUGAGGCGCAAAAACCUCGGAAUGCAGAACUUUGGCGGCAUCAGGGUGGGCAACGGGCCCACCGAUGACGAGGCGGAGAUCAUCCAGCACGACCAGCUGUCACAACACUCCGAGGACGAGCCUGAGCGUUGCCUUCUGUCGUCUGCUUUCAAGGCCCGUGAGGAGGAAGAGUUUAACUUUGCAGACAUGGCCGUGCACCAGGCCAUACACACCAUCGAAUACUGCCUGGGUUGCAUCUCCAAUACGGCUUCCUAUCUCAGGCUUUGGGCCCUCAGUCUGGCCCACGCACAGCUGUCCGAGGUGCUUUGGUCCAUGGUGAUGCACAUCGGCCUGUCCACGCGCGGCCUGGGCGGCUUCUUCAUGGUGUUCAUCGUCUUUUACUUCUUCGCCAUUCUCACAGUGGCCAUUCUGCUCAUCAUGGAGGGCUUGUCCGCCUUCCUUCACGCCCUCAGGCUGCACUGGGUGGAGUUCCAGAGCAAGUUUUACUGCGGUCAGGGCUUUAAGUUCCUCCCCUUCACCUUCGUAAGCAUCCUGGAUGGAAAUUCUGAAGACUGAGGUGCCGUCUCCGGUGUGUGUCCGACCUGUUUGUUUUAAACGUCUCACCUUUCUAGGAUCUAAAAGUCUCAUCUCUCAGAGCAGGAUUCAAGUAGCACGUGUGUGUGUGUGUGUGUGUGUGUGUGUGUGUGUCGUCUUAAUGAGUUUGUAGUUGUAUAUUAUUUAUGCAAACAGUUCCUCACGGUGAAUGAUUACCACAAACAUGUAUCAGUCAUGAAGGUCCAAAAGGGAAAGUGUGCAUUAAGACAUAUGUCCGUCUCUUUGCAAAUCAUAGUAAACUAACGAGAUAUGAUUAAUGCAGAUCCAUCAUACAUUCGUCUUGUGUUGUCUGAUCAUCUUUCACCAAUAAAUGUGGGAAAAGCUG